GGGACUGUGAGUGAUUGGGGGCGGGGAAUGUGCAAUGGCUGCUGCCUGUGGUCGGUUGUGGAGAUGCUGCCCGGUGAGGCUCGCGUUGUUGCGAUCGGGCCGAGUGCGCCCGGUCAUGGCCCGUGGAUAUGCCAAGAAAGCCCCUGUCAAGGGGAAAGGAAAGAUGGGAGUUAAAGAAGUUCUGCAAGGCCCAGAGGUUUGUAAGGAUCCUGAAAUUUUGACCACUCAUGCUGUGGGUGUUAAUAUUUACAAACAAGGCAAGGAUCCAGAACUGCGGCCAGACACGGAAUACCCUGAGUGGUUGUUUACACUGAACCUUGGUCCGCCAAAGAGUUUGGAUGAACUGGACCCAGAAUCUUGGGAAUACUGGAAACUGAUUAGAAAACAGCACAUGUGGCAAGACAACAAAGUUCGCAAAGGAAAGAAACUCUAGAAAACUCUUAAGGAUAUUGGACUCGGAUAUCCAUUUUCCAAAAAUGAGGAUUGCGGUCUGAAGGAGAGAAUUCAAAUCACAGCCAUCCUGUGUUACUUACACUGAGAUCAACAGACAACACGCACUGCCGUAAUGUGAAAGAAUUCAGUCUGUGUUCCAAAGGAAUUGAGUCUGUGAUCCAUGGACAUGUGUGAUGUGAUUCAGACAGUGCUACUUGGGAAAAAUGUGUUUAACAUUUUCACUUAUUGGUGGAUUAUGCAGAAUAAAAAUAGCAAUUUAUGGAAA